UAUAUCACCAAGAGGGAAUUCUGAUAUUUAUACUUAUACAGUGUGAACACUCACUAAUCAUCUUGGAGCUGGAUAAUUUAAUCAGAAAAAGGUGUCUAAACCAGUAAAGCUUUAUAUUCAGAACUCCAGAUAGCAGUUUGGAUCACAAUUCCAUGUAAGUAUGUUGUGUUCAUUUUCCCUAUGACUUGAAAACAAAUAUUUUACUGCAGUAUAAAAAUGUGUGAGCAUGCUAUCCUAAGUCCAGACUCAGUCACUCUGUCUUUUGCUGGGUAAUAACUUCCCCUGCAUUUGUCACAGACUAUUGGGGUACAGGCUGCUUGUUCUUUGACAUUAUACAGGCUGUCCAGCUCCUUGCAGUGUAAUUGUUACUGAAGACAGUAAAUGCUUGUCUAAAACGAAUAUUAAAUAAUAACGUUUAGUUUAUUAACGUUGUUGAAUCUUUUCCUUAUCCUGUUUGUAAGAGAACAGUUUCUCCAUUCUGUUUAUUUUUUUUUUCGUUGUUUUGAUUUUUGCUUCAUUUUUGUUUAAUUGUUUUUUGUUUGAUUUGUUGCAUAUUCCCAGGGUAGGUCAAAAGUCUGACUUGAAGACAAGGAAAAAAUAUGUAUAUCUCAAACAUCUGUAUUUUUCAUGCCAUCCAUGUGCACCAUGUGGUGUAAAAGUGUGACCAUUAAAACAGUAUUUCUUUUAUAGUAUUUGCAGACUUCUAUUUUUUUUUUUCUGUGAUAGAUAUAGUAUUUCCACAAUAUUUUCAGGACCAGAUUAUCUGUCUAUUGUAUGCUACAUGCAUAUUUGAAAAUAAUGAAUUAAUAUGUUGAAUUUCUGCUGUGGCCUUAUGAUUUCACUGUUAACUGUAUGUACUGACCAGUGAUACUACUUACCCUUGGAAUAUUUUAACAGUGUGCUCAGCAGUUUAUGGUGGCUAAUUCAUUUAAUAAGCCAUCACAAAAAGACAGACUUAAUGCAUAAUGGUGCUGUUUAUCUGGAAGAAAUACUGGCUUCCCCAGUUUCUUUUGCAGUUCUUCCCAUGAAACACAAAGAUCAACCAUAAAUUAUUAUAGAAGCAAUUUUCCUGUAACAAGACAAGGUGACAAGAGUUUACUGUGUGCAUCACUCUGGAUGUGUUUUACUUCAGCUCCCUACUGUGUAUAUACACAUCCAUUUUUAAAAAUUAGCAAUAUUAUCACAAACCUGAAAUAGCUCCUGGCACCAAAUAAUUUCCAAAAGUGCCUGACUUAAAAUUCCAAGUUUCAUACUCAAAACUUGUGAGACUUCACUUUUCUGACAGGCAGUAAGUCUUUAAGAUGCGACCAGGCAUUUAAAAAAUUAAUUUCUGUUCCUAAUUCACUUUUUUAUUUUCAUAGACACUUACAGGCUGGCUAGGGGCAACUGUUGUGAACUCAGUUAUUGUUUUCACCUGAGACUGUGGUAAUAAUUUUCAUUUAAAAUAGCAAAUAUUUGUAUAUCACACAUAGCACUGCAUGGAAUUAGGUGUAUGUUGUAGUUUCAAAGGCUACUGCAGUGCUAUGUUAAUUUUCCUUGUACAUGGCUACUGAAUGUAAUGUGAUAACAGUCAAAGCCGGAGCUUUCAAUUUUUUUUUUAAUGAUCUAUUAUAGCGUUCUCAAAUUUAUUCUUUGGCACCUAUGUUCUAGUGGUAGCUUAUGUGUCUAAUACUUUACUGCCUAGGCAUUGACCUUUUUUUUUCUCUUAACCGCAUAUUACCCUUCAGUUUACAUUGGAUAAUGCUCUUCAUAACAAAAGGAAUUUAAAUGAAAAUCCAAAGUGGCCAGUAGCAUUUUAAUGAGAAUAUUUAUUUAAGUUAAAACAUGUAAAUACCAUUGCCAAAGCCUCAUUUCUUCAUUGUGUGGUACCUAUUUCAUAUUUGUUGGUUUGUCAUAUCAUCACAUAUCAAACAUUAAUCAAUAUGCAAACUAUAAUUUGCCAGUAAUGUACUCUGCAUGUUUGUUAUGUCAUAUGUCAUGACUGUGUUGUUAAUGUGUGUCAUACCAUUUCAUCUCAUUCAACCAGGGUCUACCAGGGCGAAAUGGCUAUCCGGGUCCGAUUGGUAUGGAUGGAAAGCUGGGUCAGCCUGGUCCUCAAGGCCCUCCUGGUCCAAAAGGCGAGAAGGGAGAUCAAGGUGAUCAGGGCCCUCGGAUGGUGUUUCCUAAAAUCAAUCAUGGGUUUCUCUCUGCUGAUCAGCAGCUCAUUAAACGCCGCCUCAUUAAGGGGGACCAAGGACAAGCUGGACCCCCUGGGCCUCCAGGGCCACCAGGACCCAGAGGUCCCCCAGGAGACACUGGCAAAGAUGGUCCUCGUGGGAUGCCUGGCAUACCGGGUGAGCCAGGAAAACCAGGAGAACAAGGACUGACAGGACCUCAGGGGCCUCCAGGACAAAAGGGUUCUGUCGGAGUGCCUGGUGUUCCAGGGAGAGAUGGACAAGUGGGUGAACCUGGUUUGCCUGGCAUAGCAGGAGAGAAAGGAGAAGCAGGGCUCAAGGGUGACCCUGGAGAAAGAGGAGAAAAGGGUGAUGCUGGAGAAAAUGGACCGAAGGGUGACACAGGAGAAAAGGGUGACCCUGGUUCUUCUGCUGCAGGAAUUAAGGGUGAACCCGGUGAAUCUGGACGGCCUGGACAAAAGGGUGAACCAGGUCUCCCUGGCCUUCCUGGACUCCCUGGAAUAAAGGGUGAACCAGGUUUCAUUGGUCCGCAAGGAGAGCCUGGGUUGCCAGGGCUGCCAGGAACAAAGGGUGACCGAGGAGAGACAGGCCCUGUUGGGAAGGGUGAGCGAGGUGAACCUGGAGUUCCUGGACCAAAGGGAAAAACAGGUGAACCUGGAUCUAGAGGCCCAAAAGGGUCAAAGGGUGAUACAGGUGACAGAGGUGACACAGGAUCUGCAGGUCCACGGGGACCACCUGGACAGAAGGGUGAUCAAGGUGCAACAGAGAUAAUUGAUUAUAAUGGCAAUAUCCAUGAAGCUUUGCAGAGGAUUGCCACUCUGACUGUCGCGGGGCCACCAGGACCACCGGGACCUCAAGGGCUGCAAGGGCCAAAGGGUGAAACAGGAUCCCCAGGAACUCCAGGAGUUGAUGGGGAGCAGGGUCCUAAAGGUUCAAAAGGAGAUUCAGGUGAUCCUGGAAUGCCUGGAGACAAGGGAGGAAUUGGACUGCCUGGCCUGCCAGGAGCCAAUGGUAUGAAAGGUGAAAAAGGAGAUGUUGGUUUGCCUGGUGCCCAAGGUCCUUCAAUGAUAGGACCACCUGGACCACCAGGGCCACAUGGUCCUCCAGGCCCUAUGGGACCUCAUGGACUGCCUGGCCCAAAGGGUGAACCAGGGUUAAAUGGUCUUAAAGGAUUGAAGGGUGAACCAGGUCAAAAGGGUGACAGAGGGCCCCUUGGUCUUCCAGGAGCAUCUGGCUUAGACGGAAAGCCAGGAGCCCGGGGUGUAGAUGGCCCAGUUGGUCCCCAUGGCCCUGCAGGUCCUAAAGGAGACAGAGGUGAAAAAGGAACCAUAGGUGACCCUGGACCCAGAGGACCAUAUGGCUUGCCUGGCAAAGAUGGCGAGCCUGGCCUUGAUGGUUUCCCUGGUCCUCGAGGAGAAAAGGGUGAUAUAGGAGAAAAGGGAGAAAAGGGGGAAAAGGGAAAGAAAGGCAAAAAGGGGCCUAAAGGGGAGAAAGGAGAACAGGGUGCUCCUGGAUUAGAUGCACCUUGCCCAUUGGGUCCCGAUGGAUUACCAAUGCCUGGCUGUUGGCAAAAGUGAUGAAUCUAACAUUACAAGCAUGAAGUUGUGUAUAUAAUGCUCCACUUUUUGUAUUUAUAGUUGAAAACUGAAAAUUUGAUUUUACGAGUCUGAGAUAUGUUUACAUGUAGUUGUUUCUACUUGUUUGCAAUAGUCCGUGUGUACAUCUUUUUUUUUUUUUCACUUACAUCUGCAGUUAGAUGAUAUAUAACUGCAGGGUAAACCUGCAUAGAUUCUCUCUCUAAUGAGAGAGAGAUCUCAAUACAAUGAUCAAUAAUAGAAAUCUGAUUAUUUCUGUAAAUUCUUAUCUUUUGGCUUGUGGACCUGCAUGGACAAUGAGUGCCAUGAACUAGUUUACAAGAAACUGUGACCAAAUAAGAGCAAAAUGCUAUGAAAUGUACUGUACCAGCUGCCAUUGGAGUUUACUGACUUUGCUUCCAUGUCCAUCUUAAACACUUCACUGAUUCACGCCACCAUAUCUGCUUGUAUGAACUAAAAGCAUGAGUUUGUGUGCCAAACCUGCUUGUUGUGUGAUCACGUCACGUGCUAAAUGGCUGCUCACAAUGACCUUUGGUUCCAGCUUCUGAAUCAUUUCCUUUUGUCAUCUCAAGGGAGUCACACCAUGGCUUAUUGCUAAAAAGAGAUAAACCAGAGGAGGAUAGAAAGAGGCCUUGAAUUUUUGGGGAAUAGAGUUCCAGCUGCAGGUGGAUGGCUUCUAGUCCUGUGGGUCACCUGGCCCCUUUGAUCAAAGAGGGUCCCGCCUGCGAACCAGCAUCGGUUUGCCUUGCACUGCUCACAGUCGUGAAGACAUUCGCGACAGGCCCUGUCGAGUCCUUAAUCAAGGAGGAAAGAAGUUUGAAGAAGAAACCAGACUUCUCUGUGCGUUGUUUGAAAAGGUCGCAGAGGUGCUGCAGGGAUCAUUUGAUGGCAGACACCACCUGAGACCAGAAGCUUCUCAACCUUACUCAAGGAUGGACAGAGUCUGUGCUCUGCCUGUUGUAUUCUGGGACUGCUGGAGGAAAAAGCAUUUUUGAGGCGGGAUGAAUUGGAACAUUCUCUGGAGGAGGAGGAUAAUGGAACUGACCAGAGACGGAUGUACCAUGGUGUGGUUUUCAGGUGAUUUACCUUAAACUACACAAAACUAGCUGAACUUCUCUGCAGAAUUUUGGAAGCUAUGGUUAAUUUUGUUUCCUUUUUCCGUAACUGUUGCCGUAAACAUUUGUUCAACAUUUGUGGUGAUGGCAUUGAAGAAAAUACUUCAAGCCACAUGUUCAUCUUGUUUCAGUAUUAACAGUUUUUAUUUCAGUCUUUGAAGCCUUUAAGUCUAAAAAAGGAAAUAAUUUAUUUUUGUGUUUCACAGGCUGAUUUACUCAUCUUGUUCUUUUUUGGCUGUUACAGUGACCUUAGUGGACAAUAUUACUCAAAAAACAUUGGAGAGAAUCAAGUCUGUGUGAUUACCGCUGCACACUUGUCAUUGUGCUACGCUGUUCAAUGUGUUGUUAUUUCUCCACUUCUGUUCAGAUGACCGGCUUUCUACAGAAACAUUGGCAAAGUUUUGCUUCUCUGCUUUUUUUUUCUAUUGCUAAAAAUGCUUACUUUGUGCACAUUUGUAUUUUUUGCCACGAGGUAUUUUUUUCUAGAUUUGAGUCUUCAUCUGGUGCACUGUAGUUAGUAUGAGAGAUUAGUUUGUGAGAAAUGGUGCCAUAUUUGGCAGAUGGAAAUUCUUUUUAUAUCAUUCCUGUUCCUAGUGUAUAGCAGGAUGAUCACAAACUUCUUUAGUUACUUUUCCAAAGCAUGUCUUUCAUAUGUAGACCAAAACUAAAGUUGAGGAAGACAGCCGGUUUCCGUCCAUGUGGGGGCACCUUGCCCUUCUUGAACGCACAUUUUUCCUUGCUCAUUCAUUUCUAAAUCCUGUGACCUGCUGUGGUUGCACUUUUCAUGUUGCUUCACAACCUCAGAUCAAUGAAAAUGCCACUAUAAUGCGAUCUUUCACCUUGCUACGUCUUUAUUGCCAUUUUGGUAUAUCGGAGACAAAACCAGCUUUUCACAGGGGAAAAAUCUUCUAGAGAUUUUAAAAAAUGAAACUUAAUUUACUGGCCUCUAUCUAGUAGUAUCUUACUAAUAAAAACAAAAUUCUGAGACUGUAGAUGAAUUCACUAUACUGAAUAGAUACAUAUUUACUGCUCAAUUCCAUCUUUUCAACAGUAAGAAAUAAACAAAUGUUCACACCUAUGGGGAAAAAAUGUUUUUCUUCGCUUAAAUUUUCAGAGAUACAAGUAUCAACCUAUUUGAAUAAUCACAAUUACAAUAGUAAAAGCCUUCACAUGGUAUAGACUUAAUAUAAAGUGCUACAGUAGUAAUACAAAUGUGAGACUUUCCAGAAAGGGGACGAGAGGAGCGACACCUAAGCCCUCCCUGAGUUGCCAAUUUUAUUCUGCAUCUGCACUAUGUCUAAAAACAUCAGGCCAAGGAACAAGUUGCCCUCUCCACAGAGAAGAGUCUCUUCUGCUUGUGUCCUGACUUGGUACCAUCUGGCUUGAUAUGUUAUUGAUGUGAAGACUAGUAGCUGCAAUUUUUUUAUAAAAGAUCAAAUACUGGCAAUCAUACAGUAAGAUAAAAUAUGUUUUUAAAUGUUCCCCAGAGAAAUCAAGUGCAAAAUCAAGUAGGAUGUUUAUCAUUUGGCUGGAUGUUUUAGCAAUCCCAUAUUGAGAGAGUCCGCAAACACAGCUCACGUUAAGAAACAGCAACAAGAUAUGGAGCUAUUAUAUGCAUGCUAUCAUUAGCACUUUGAUAUUUUUUUAAAAUUCAUAUAUCUAUAUUUUUAAACUGUCCUCAUAGCAUCCAUUUCUAUAUGCCUCAAUAAAUCUAGCAGAACCUUGUUUCAUAGUUUCUUCAUUCAGGAAAUUAUUGUAGACACUACUGUUAAGUGUUAGUCAAAACUCAAUUCUCCUUUAACUCUCUGAAACUGAAACCCUGCUGAAGAAAUACUUAAGCACCUUUACCCACUCUCUUUUCUGUCUUAUAAAGUAGUUUCUUUCUUUAACUCCCGCCAGGUAGGGAUACUCUUUUUUUCCAAAUAAUCUAAUUUAACUUUUUAAAGCUUCUGUAUUGUUCAAUAGCAUGAAAGGUUCAUUCUAUUUAAAUGACCAUGGGUGAAUACUAGACAAACAAUUUAAUUUGCUAAACUAUAUACAGAGAUUUUACACGAAUAUUAGCAUAAAAUAUAUGCAUCUCAAAGAUUGACUUGAAAUGAAACCAAACAGUAUCUAGAGAAGUUGCAUAUUCAGUAUAAGACAAAAUAAUUUGGGUUUAGUAUUAUUUCAUCAAGAAAAGUGCCCUGUGAAGACUUGCAACAUGUUUAUUUUGUUUAAAAAAGCAACUAUUUUUGGUGCUAGUAUAUUUUUUUCUUUUGAUGGCAAACCUACAGUUUGAACCACCUGUGUGUUUUUAUAUCUUUUAGUAGCAUUCCUCCAAAUAGAAAGGAUUUGUUUUGUUUAGUUUGUGACUGGAACAGUAGUUCCUCUACCAGUCUUUUCAGUUGUAGAAAUGUGUGGUGGUGUUAGUCUACACAGUUUCUAUAUCCCUAACUUUUUGGGGAAUUAUUAUUUCUUGUUUCUUUGAGAUAUUUCAGUAUUUGUUUCAUACAAAGUCCGUAAUCAUCUGCUACUCUGGUGUAUUACAACCACAUUGUGCAGAAGUCCUGCUACAGAAGCAGCAAAUCUUUUGAGCACUGUAUGGAAUAUGUCUGACAUAAGUGGUCUUUGUCUUCAUAUACAUAGAUUAGCUAUGGGGAAUCUUUAUUUCUGGAUGCUUUGGACCCCUUUUUAUUUUUUCCUGAGGUAAAGCAUGAAAUGUUAAUUCAUGGAACAAUGAUACAGUGUAUUUUUUUGAUUUAUAUUUUUAUUUAUUGCUGAUUUUGUUGUCAUGUUCUGAUAGCGUAGCAAGGCAGAAUGAUUCUUCAUCCAGCUGUUUGUAUAGGCUUUUAGUCUACCGUGUAAGUAUUAUGAAUGAGUUGAGGAUGAUCAAAUCAGUGUAUCGGCACAUGUGUAAUGUAUAGCGUUUAAAAAAGGGUAAUUCUUAAGACUGAUGUACAGUUUGGAAAGUUAGCAUUGGCUCCACUGAGCGUUACACUCGUGGAAGAGUGCAGAUGAGCAUCAGUUGCUCCGCUACACAGCAGGAGAGACGAUGCAAGCCCAGAUGAGACGAUCAGGCCUUUGGUCCCUGUGGGAAGGUGAAGCUGCAUCAGGAGAUGUGGUUCAGAUCCUGGAUCCCAUCAGGGUUUAGAGAGAGUUGUCCCACUGACUGCUGCAGGACCGGGACUGUCAACCUGGGCUCAGCCAUGCAAGGGUCUUCCCUUGACUGUGCCUCUCUGUCCCCAACAGUGACACAGGGAGAGUGGGGUGUCCUUCCCUUGAGACACACUGUGAGAUGUGCAGAAGGAAGGACCCAGGUGUUGUGAGCAGUAACAUGGGGAAUAUAACCUUCAGCGGUGGGGUUUUGCCUAAACCAGGACCACUUCAGUGAGUAACAACUAUGGAGAUGCUCCCAGUCCAUGGAAUGUGAUGAAGAUGUUCAAGGCAUGCAGAAGGUAACGUUUCCUUUCAAAUGUCCUGAUCUCUGCUGCUUGACCAUCUUAAAUUACAUUUUUACAUCUCUGGUUUUUAUCUAAUGGGAGACCUAAAUUUUCACACUAAAGAGUCACACAAAACACUAAUAUCUGCAAAGACAGUGGUCAAAAGAAAGUCUAGUUUUUAGCCAAUGCAAAAAAAAUAUUCAAUUUCAGUGAUGAGAAUUAAAACUAACACCUGGUUAUUAUUUUUUUUUUCCUUUCUGCAACUUGCUUUUAUGGAUCUGAAUGUUGCUGUAAUGUACAAAUGAAGGUUUUCUUGCACCCGCUGUUAUUGAAGUGUUUUACAUGGUGGUCGGAUUCAUUAAAUGCAGUUAGAAACAAGUGCCUGCCACCAUCAUUUCUGACAGAAUUUGAAAAAGAUACUCCACAAAACCAGUGGAGCAUGUAUUUUAAAAAAGGAUUUGGAGUGUUGGUUUUGUUUCGUUUCUUUUUUAAAUGCAUCCAGUUAUCAACACUACUUGAAAAUUGAAUUUUCUUUGGAAAACAGGGGGCCUUAACUUAACCUGGGACCGUUAGUGGUUUGCUUGUCUCUAUUUAAAAAAUAAAUUGUAGUAAUUUCCCAGAUAACAUUGGUACUUGCACACUUCUCUGAAGUAUUAUGAAGAGUUGGGUUGGUAGAAGAAUGUUUUACAUAUUGUUAACAUAUAUGUGGAUAUUCUUAUAUUAUUGUACAUGUUUGGGAAAAUAUCACACAACUUUAAAAAUAUUACUAAGAUGUAUGUAUCUGACUUUUUCAUUUGGAAAAUAUUAUAUAUUUUUAUUUGUAUUUUUUACUUUUUUAAGUUCAUCUAUAUGUGCCAUUAUUUUUGUAUUGCAAAUGGUCUCAUAAAUGCAGUAGAGGAGAUAAAAACACAAAGAAAAGUAAAUUGGCAAGGAUUAUGCUGCUUGGGGGAAAAAACACAUGGGUGAGUAUCAUAUUAACAAUGCUAGCAAUAUUUUGCAUCUUAGCACUGUAAAUAUGUCAUGGGACCUCUUUUGAAGAGUAGUGUAAAGAAUUGCAAGGUUUUAAUCACCCAUUUUAAUUAGUUAUUAAUUACCACUUUCUUGUGGCCUCUGGUCCUGACUUAAUUGAACUCCAUCAAACAGCAUGCUUUUGUUUCUGUUAUUAAAAUUUCUCCUUGGUUUUCAGUUGAAUACUGUUUUGUUUUCCUUCAGACUUGUACUUUGUGUUUUGUUUCUUGCUUGUGAGAAAUUGAUCUUCAGAAUUAUUUUUACACUAUUUAUGAUUUAUUUUCAUAAUGUAAAAAGUGUGUAAUUAUUAAAAUAUUAAUCCAACCAUUGGUGCUGAUAGUUACAAAGUUAUUAGUGUUGAUGCACAAAAUUGUUCUGCUCUGGAUUGGAAAAAGUGUGUGUUGCGUCGUGCCAAUCUGUAGUUUGACAUCUAGUGCAGGUCAUGUCAUUUGGUUUGCACAUACACACAAAGAUCAGGGCCUUUGCAACAUGUCCCACUUUCCUACAGUGUGCAAUAAAAAAGAGACAAAAAAAUUCA